AUGACGUCAAGGCAAUCGUUCUGCCGACGCCAGCACCACGGGGUGGUGACGCUGCUGCGCCGCGCCAGGGCGGAAGCCGACGCCGCGAGUCUUCAGCAAGCUGUGUCACUGGAGCGGGGCAUAGCUAAAGACAUAAUGAGUGGAGUGAACGCAGCUGUGUGUGUGUUGCAGGCGGCGGAGAGCGGCAACGUCGAGGACUUCGGCCGGCUGUACCUGGCGGAGCCGGCGCGCCUCGCCGUGCGAGACUCUCGCGGGCGCGCCGCAGCGCACCAGGCGGCCGCGCGCAACAAGCUCAACAUCCUGCAGUUCAUCGCCACGCACGGCGGCGAUCUUAAUAUCAGGGACCACGUAGGCAACACACCGCUUCAUGUGGCGAUUGAACAUAACGCACUGGACGCUGUUGAUUACCUUCUUCAAUGCGGAGUGGACACGAGUGUGCUGAACGACAAGAAGCAGGCGCCCAUCCACCUGGCGACAGAGCUGAACAAGGUGCCCGUGCUGGAGGUGAUGGCCAAGCACAAGGAGCGCAUCGACAUCCAGCAGGGCGGCGAGCACGGCCGCACCGCGCUACACCUCGCCGCCAUCUACGACCACGAGGAGUGCGCCAGGAUCCUGAUAACAGAGUUCGGUGCAUCUCCAAGAAAACCGUGCAACAACGGUUACUACCCUAUCCACGAGGCAGCGAAGAAUGCAUCGUCACGCACCAUGGAAGUCUUCCUGCAAUGGGGCGAGUCUAGAGGCUGUUCCAGGGAGGAAAUGAUUUCUUUCUACGACUCGGAGGGAAAUGUACCUCUUCAUUCAGCUGUACACGGAGGCGACAUCAAGGCUGUGGAAUUGUGCCUCAAAUCUGGUGCCAAAAUUUCGACUCAGCAGCACGAUCUGUCAACGCCUGUUCACCUGGCGUGCGCACAAGGGGCAACUGACAUCGUGAAACUGAUGUUCCGAAUGCAGCCCAACGAGAAGCAGCAGUGUCUGGCCUCCUGCGACGUCCAGAAGAUGACUCCCCUACAUUGCGCCGCCAUGUUCGACCAUCCAGAAAUAGUCGAGUACCUUGUUGGCGAAGGAGCAGACAUAAACGCGCUGGACAAGGAGCGCCGGUCGCCGCUGCUGCUGGCCGCCUCCCGCGGCGGCUGGCGGACCGUGCACAGCCUCAUCCGGCUGGGCGCCAACAUACACCUCAAGGACGUCAACCACCGCAACGUGCUGCACCUCGUCGUCAUGAACGGCGGCCGGCUCGAGGAAUUUGCCGACCAAGUCAUUAAGGCACAGUCCAAAUCUCAGCUGUUACAACUGUUGAACGAGAAGGAUAACACGGGAUGCUCGCCUCUGCAUUACGCCAGUCGAGAAGGCCACAUCCGGAGCCUCGAAAACCUCAUCCGACUUGGCGCGUGCAUUAAUCUGAAGAACAACAAUAAUGAAAGUCCAUUGCAUUUUGCUGCGAGGUAUGGCAGAUAUAACACCGUUCGUCAGUUACUGGACUCAGAGAAAGGAACCUUCAUAAUCAAUGAAAGUGAUGGAGAAGGACUGACCCCACUCCACAUAGCUUCUCAACAAGGACACACUAGAGUUGUGCAGCUCCUUUUGAACAGAGGAGCUCUGCUUCAGAGGGACCACAAUGGCCGCAGUCCACUUCACCUUGCAUCAAUGAGUGGAUACACACAGACUAUGGAGUUACUCCAUUCUGUACACUCUCACCUCUUAGAUCAGCCAGAUAAAGAUGGGAACACUGCUCUUCAUCUAGCCACAAUGGAAAAUAAACCCAAUGCCAUUGCACUUCUGUUGUCAAUGGGAUGCAAGCUAUUGUACAACUCAAUGGACAUGAGUGCCAUAGAUUAUGCCAUAUACUACAAAUUCCCUGAGGCAGCAUUGGCUAUGGUAACACACGAAGAACGUGCUAGCGAAGUAAUGGCUCUCAAAUCUGACAAACAUCCAUGUGUCAUACUUGCUCUAAUUGCUUCAAUGCCAAAAGUCUUUGAGGCAGUACAAGAUAAGUGCAUUACAAAAGCUAACUGCAAGAAAGACUCAAAAUCAUUUUAUAUCAAAUACAACUUCUCGUGCCUGAAGUGUCCUUCAGUGUAUGCACAGGUGGAUGAAAAAACUGGUGAUGCACUUCUCAUUUCAAAGCCAAUUCCUCUGUCGGCACUUAAUGCAAUGGUUGCACAUGGAAGAGUGGAAUUGCUUGCUCAUCCUCUAAGUCAAAAGUAUCUCCAGAUGAAGUGGAACUCUUAUGGAAAAUACUUUCAUCUGUUGAACUUACUUCUUUACACAGUUUUUCUUGCCUUGGUCACCUCUUUCUCAGCACAGCUCAUGGAAAAGACAUGGAUACGUCGGAAUUUUACAACUAACUCAACAAGACCAGACUUCACAAUUCAGGUCAAAGAACCAAAAGCAGCAAUGUACAUAUGUGCAGUAUCCAUAUUGACAUAUAUUGGUCUUAGCACAAUGAGGGAAGUAUUUCAACUAUAUCAACAACGCUGGCGAUAUUUGCUAGAUCCAAGCAACUUUGUAUCAUGGUUAUUAUAUGUAUCUGCAACCAUGAUGGUCAUUCCUGUUUUUUCUGGCAAUUUUGAUGAUCUUCAGCUGUCAUGUGCAUCUGUAACUGUAUUCCUCAGUUGGUUCAAUCUCCUGCUGUAUUUGCAAAGAUUUGAUCAAGUGGGGAUAUAUGUUGUUAUGUUUCUGGAAAUACUUCAGACACUCAUUAAAGUACUUAUUGUCUUCUCAAUACUGAUAAUUGCAUUUGGUCUUGCAUUUUAUAUACUACUUUCAGAGGGAGCACAUCUAUCAUUCAGAAAUGUUCCAAUGUCUUUAAUUAGAACAUUUUCCAUGAUGUUAGGUGAAAUUGAUUUUCUUGGAACAUAUGUUCGACCAUACUAUCUCAAUGAAGAAACUUUCUUGCCGUAUCCACUCCCAACAUUUAUCAUUUUGGGGCUGUUUAUGGUGCUGAUGCCAAUUCUGCUGAUGAACUUGCUCAUUGGUUUGGCUGUUGGUGACAUUGAAUCUGUUAGAAGAAAUGCACAGCUGAAGAGACUUGCAAUGCAGGUUGUCCUCCACACAGAACUAGAACGAAAAUUGCCUCAUAUUCUGCUUGAUAAAGUUGAUAAAUCAGAAAUAAUAGAGUAUCCAAAUGAAAGCAAAUGCAAAAUAGGAUUUCUUGACUCAGUCCUUAGGAAAUGGUUCUGUAGUCCAUUUUCACAAGAUGGAGUUGAAAUGGUGUUGGAAAACAGUGAAGAUUAUAUGACAGAGGAAUUAAAUAAACAAAAAAAGAGACUGAAGGAAAUAGCAGCAGCACUUGAAACACAACAUCUUCUGCUGAGAUUAAUUGUGCAGAAAAUGGAAAUUAAAACUGAAGCAGAUGAUGUAGAUGAAGGUGUUUCACCAAAUGAGCUAAGGCCAUUGUUAGGUGUCGCCAGCAAAUGGACGUCACCUAGAGUACGCAAGAAACUCAGAAGUGCACUUAGCUUCUCUAAAACCAACUCCACCUGAAGGACACAGUGGUUUAUUAUGCUUGGAUCUGUCAUCAAAUAGAAUACUUGAUGUUCAUUGCAGGUAACAUCCAAUAAAGCAGCAGGCAACAAAACUACUAUUUCCUCAAAUUUUGUAGGUACAGCUCUGAGUGAAGACAAGUACCACUGUUGUGGACUUCCUAUAAAUUUUGUUCCUUACUUUAUCUGGGAUUACAUUUGGACAAUGUAGGCCUAAUUAGUCCCGUGACAUUUUUCUGAAUACUCUAGUGUCAUGUAAUCUGAGAACUGUGAAGAAACAGUCAUAAGCUUUACUUUCAUUUGUUAUGUUUGUGACACAUGUAUGCAGAGAAGUUUCAUAGGUAAUGGCAGCACUACAAAUUAGAUUUAUCUUUAUGAACUGCAAAAAGCAUUGGUUUUGGCCACCAUAUGUGAUAGGAUCUUAUGUCAUGGAUUUUUGAUAGAUUCAAAGAACAGGGUGAAUGAAAAGAAACAAACAUUCUUUAAAGAUUGAUGACAUUUUUUUGUUUUUAUUACUGCCAAUCUUUCAAAGAAUUAGUGGCCAUUAGUACUAAUUUUUUAUUUUAAACAAGUGUUAUGAAGUAACCUAUGCAUACCACUUCUGUGAUGAACUUCUUAAAAUUAUUGUAUCAAUAGAUAAAUGAAAAAGUUUUUAAAUAACCAACUUGCUGUGAUGCAGAAAAUUAUAAGUAUUUUGGGUAAAAGAUGAAUUAUCUAAGUUACAAUUGUUUGGGAUGGAAUUUUUACAUCAGUUUUCAAAAGUAUAUCAGAGAGUGGGGGUGUGAUUUUAUUUGUAUUGUUUUUUAAGAUGUAUGGGAGUUUCAUUUGGAUAUUCUUAGUAAAUUUUCAGAAUUACUAAAAAUAUGCAAUGAAAUCCAUAUGCAUCAUCAGCAAAUUCAAUUAAAAUAUGCAUAAAAAUGUGAGGACAUAUUAUUAUUGAUUUUUAUUUUGGAAAUAUUUAUUUUUGUCUGAAGAAAACUGAACUGCUUUAAAUAUGUAACUGUUUUUGGAAUUGGCUUAAAAUGUCUCAUCACAAAUGAAUGUUUCAUCAGAGUGGGGCAUAUACAUGAUGUCUGGAGGCAAAAAUUGUUGUCAAAAUCCUGUAAGUUUCAGUAUGCAAAGGGUCAUUAAAGUUAAGAAUAAAUGUCAUUGAGAUCAA